AUUCAAAACAAUCCCGAAAAAGAAAGUAAUAUAAAAGUAGAAGAAAUAGUUAGCACAGUAGUGUAACAAGAAUUUGGGCAUAAGAGAAAACUACAAAUACUUGUAGACAAUUUGUACUACCCACCAUAGAUCGAAUCAAGAUCAACAGCUAAUUUCAUCUUCUCCAAUUCAAAUUCGAUAACCCCACAAAAAUUUACUGCAAAUCUUGGAGAAAGAAUGAAACCCCAUGAAAAAUAGUGAAGUAUUGAAGAAGUUUGAAAGAAUUCAUCAAUUGUGUAGAGAAUCCAACAUUUGGGGAAGUGGGUGUGAUUGAAAAUCAAGCAAAAUAGGAAUCUGUUUUUCAGGACCGAAAGGGGGCGGCGGCAAAAGCUCUGAACCACAACCAAUUGUGGUUCAGAGGUUGUCGUCCCCAAUUCAAGCAGUAACAGCAGCUGCUGCUUCAUCGUUUAGGGAGAAUAGUUUUGGUGCUGGUGAUAGUACGAAGAUGAAGGGUUUAUUUAAGUCUAAGCCCAAGACUCCUGCUGACCUUGUUCGUCAGACCCGUGAACUUCUUAUGUAUGUUGAACGGGUUAAUGAUACUCGUGAAGGCAAACGAGAAGAAAAGAUGAUGGAGUUAAGCAAGUCAAUCCGGGAAUUAAAGAUUAUUCUUUAUGGGAAUGGUGAAUCCGAACCCCUCGCUGAGGCUUGUGCUCAGUUGACCCUAGAAUUCUUCAAAGAGAACACGCUUCGGCUAAUAAUUAAUUGUCUUCCCAAUUUGAAUUUAGAGACCCGCAAAGAUGCAACUCAAGUAGUAGCAAAUCUGCAGAGACAGCAGGUUCAGUCACGGCUGAUUGCUUGUGAUUACUUGGAAGCAAACAUUGAUCUGAUGGACAAAUUAAUAUUAGGAUAUGAGAAUACAGAAAUGGCUUUGCAUUAUGGUGCAAUGUUGAGGGAGUGCAUUCGCCACCAGAGUGUUGCAAGGUAUGUCUUGGAGUCUGAGCAUAUGAAGAAGUUUUUCGAUUAUAUUCAGCUGCCAAAUUUUGACAUUGCUGCUGAUGCUGCUGCCACCUUUAAGGAACUCUUGACAAGGCACAAAUCAACAGUAGCUGAAUUUCUUUCGAAGAAUUAUGACUGGUUUUUCACAGAGUAUAACUCAAAGCUACUCGAGUCUAGUAACUACAUCACCAGAAGACAAGCUGUCAAGCUCUUGGCAGAUAUGUUGUUGGACCGCUCAAAUUCUGCUGUGAUGACACGUUAUGUUAGCUCAAGAGACAACUUGAGGAUUCUCAUGAAUCUGCUCAGGGAGUCGAGCAAGAGUAUCCAGAUAGAAGCAUUUCAUGUCUUCAAGCUAUUUGCGGCAAAUCACAACAAACCUCCCGAUAUUGUUAGCAUCCUUGUAGCAAACAGAAGCAAACUUCUUCGCCUCUUUGCCGAUUUUAAGACUGAAAAAGAGGAUGAGCAGUUUGAGGCUGACAAAGCGCAAGUUGUCAAAGAAAUUGCAGCCCUUGAACCGAAGGAAAACAAAUAAAUCGCAGUCGAGGAACGCGCAACAGUGUGUCAUUUUUUUUGAGUUGUUGAGCUCUGAUGUAUGUUUAAUACAAAAAAUGGUGUUUUCUCUACUGAACAAUAAUUUGAUUGAAUCUUUUGUCAGUCCCGUUUCUGGUCUUUCACAUUCACAUUGCUGAAUAUAAAGUGUGUCUCAAUUGUUUCUCCAUUUAAGUCCUCUGUCAACUCACUUUCGAGACGAAAUACUUAUGGACAUCCUCAACAGGUUACCUGUACGGUCUCUUCUCUUCUUCGAUUGAAGAUUCAAAGGUGUUUCAAAAUUUUGGGAAACACUGAUUUCCAAUCCUUACUUUAUAAGAAGCAUCUUUGUAUUUAUUCUACUUUUUAUAUACUGAUGAUGAAGUAGUAGUUUACGAAA